AUGAGCCCUCAUGAACUCAUCUUGAAGAUAGACUGUCCUGUUAUCUUACUGCAAAACAUAGCGCCAUCUGAAGGUCUGUGUAAUGGAACAAGGCUUAUAUGUAAGCGUUUUUUUCCCAAUAAUAUUCUCUGCGUUAUAGCAACAGGACAUUACAAAGGGAAAUUUUGGUUUCUGCCACGCGUUAAUCUCCGCCCUUCAUCUUCAGCAAAUUAUCCCUUCCAAUUUGAGAGGAAGCAAUUUCCCAUUAAGCUUAGUUUUGCCAUGACAAUAAACAAGUCACAAGGUCAAACAUUGAACAAGGUUGUUGUAUAUCUCCCACAACCUUGCUUCUCACAUGGCCAGCUAUAUGUAGCUCUCUCACGUGCUAAGAAAUCCGAAAAAGUCAUUGUCUUUAGCCCAAAGGUAUCUACUGCUUUGUCUGCUUCACAUGUAAAAAAUGGUGUUUCUUAUGAUGUCUUAAGGUUAGCUUCAAUCAUUUAG